AUGGUGUAUGACUCGUCGUUCUUGUUGACUGUGAAGGACCGGGUGACAGAAAAACUUAAGACACUUGGUGCAUUUAUCGAUGAUGAACUUCCGGAUUAUAUUAUGGUUAUGGUUGCAAACAAAAAAAGUGAAAGUGCUAUGGCUAAAGACUUACAACUAUUCUUGGGUGAACAUACCAACAGGUUUACUGAAUGGCUUCACCUCACGCUUGAAAAUUUGAAAGCUUCGGGACGUGACUCUAGUGAUGGACGUAAAGAUAAUGAAACUGUGCGUUCCUCACGAUCGAAAUCUGGGCGACGCAAGGGUCCAAAAGCACGUUCAUCUGAAUCCCACAGUGAUUCUCCUCCCAAGUACUCGAACCGUUCAAGAUCAAGGUCUCCUCUAGGAUCUGUUAGACACGGUAGAUAUACUAAUAGUUCUCGCGAGCCUCAUGGAGAAAUUGAUGGUGGUGUAAAAGCUGCAGCAGAUGUAUAUAUUUCCGAUGAUAAUGGGUCUUAUCAUAUCAAAGAAGAGCGCAAAAUCCUGUCAACUUCUUCCUUAUCCCGAAAAGUACCACAAGAAAGUGAAAAAAGUACUGAUCUAUCGGACAAAAGUAACAGCCUACAAUCAGUCGUUGAGGUGAAAAACUCAGAUAGUCAUAAGCAUUCAAGAACAAAACAAGAGUAUCCUCAACCAUCAAGCUUGUUGCUUAAGAGAGCUGUGAAUGAAGCUAAAGCCAGCACAAUGACAGCUGAAUCCAGUUUGCAUACUCCAGCAAAACGAAAACCAAUUGCUCGACCGGUAGCUUGUUCUGAUGUAUCGUCAUCUUCACAUCCUGACUCCACAAGAUUUUUCAUUACUUUGUCUGGUGCAGAACCUAAACCCACACAAACGGUACAUUCUCCUAAACUUCGUAAUUCUUCAAGAGUUGGUCGUUUACGUUCUGUUGGAUACUUUGAUCAGACAGAUGUACUUAACGAUAGAAAAAUUCGACUUGGUUCACGUUUAGUAAGCACUAAAACAUUACAUGGGGAAGGCAGAAUAAGUGCUAAGCAUCGUCUUGGCCCUGUUAUUCAAUCCAAUGGUCGGAUAGUUAGUUUAUCUCGAAGUGAUGAAAAUUUUGACUAUACUUCAGAAAAUGAAUUUGACGAUUUUGUUGAAGGUGACUACGUUGAAUUAGCAUGUGAUGAUGCAUUUGUAAAUAAUGAUGGAGUGGAUGAUGAAAAUCGACCACCAUUGAAAGGAAACUAUGUACCUUUGUCAAAAAUAUCUCUAGCUGAAAAAUUAAGUCAACCAACACCACAAUUAGUGGUUAAUUUAAAUGAAACAGAUGAAGAAGAAGGAGAAGAAGAUAUGACCACUUUUUCAGCCGGAGUUGAACGACAGAAAAAAAAGAUCAAUUCACUUAAACAUAAAGAAAAAAUACAAAAUCAAACUGAUAUGGUCACAGAAUCAGAAACUCAGCCAACUAUUCCAAGCUCCUUGGAACGUUGUAAGUUCUGGCCAAAUUGUCGAAAUGGAAGUUCUUGUCCGUAUAUUCAUCCUACAGAACCGUGCCAGUUGUUUCCGCGAUGUAAAUUUGGCGCAACAUGUACAUUUGUCCAUCCACCAUGUCGUUAUGGGGCAUUAUGUACUCGUGCAGAUUGUGCUUUCACACAUACAGCGAAAAAAGUAUUGCCUGUGGUGCCUGCUAACCCGGCUCAAAUAGUAUGCCGUUUUCAAAAUAGAUGUACAAAUCCCCAUUGUCAAUUUUACCAUCCACCUGUUGUUGUACAAGCCCCUCCAAUCAUUGUUCGAAGCCCAAAUCCAACUGUUCCUGUUUUCACUAGCCCAAUUCCAUGUCGAUAUGGUUCUAGUUGUACGAAUCGUACUAAAUGUCCUUUCCUUCAUUCUGACUUACCUUCAGUUGAUCAGCUUAAGUGGAUUGCACCAUCCAAGAAACAGCAGUCGUCUAAUCAGAUUUCCUCAAACGUAAAUUCUACGGAGAAAGCAGUUAACUCUGUAACCACGGUUAAAGAGUAA